GAUUUGUCCGUUUGUGGUGAAGGCGCGCAGCAGCACCGACGAUAUCGCUUGUUGUGCCAAGCCGCCUUCUUCUCGCUCUCCUCCCUACCCCCCGACGAUCCCCUCCACUCCAGUCCCCCUCCUCUUCUCCUCUCCUUCUUUGUCCUCUCCUCUCCUUCUUUGUCCCCUCCUCUCCAGCUCUCCAGCUCCCUCCUCUCAAAGCCCGUUCUCUUCGAGGCUUUCCCCCUUUGCUGCGCACGAGCCCACGCACACUUAGACACUUCCACGCGAUCAUGAGUGAACAACAGCAGCAGAACCAGGAACAGAUACCUGAAUGGUGUGAAGGCCUGAUCGAGGCAAUCAUGGACGGCUCCUGUGAAGGGACACUGACGCUGGCAGGGGAAUAUUUAGACCCGAUUUCAGUGUCUGCGCAGAUGCUGGCCAGAAUUCUUGAGGCGAUUGCCUCCAGCAAUGCUAGCAUCGUGAAGCUCGUGUGA